UAUUUAUUGAUUUAUAAAUGAACAUCCGCCUCCGUAGCCCAUGCCUGUCCCCGGUAUGCAGGCAGCGUCACGAUACACAGACACUUAUCGCCCCUUCACAACAUCUACAUGUUCAUGUUCAGCGAUCUUUAGCCCGGUGAUGACGUCACUACAUCCACGGAUGGGACACAGUUCCAGGAGCGGACCAAUCAAACGGGCGACCAGCUGAAUGGUCGUGUCCAUCCCUACAUAGGUGUGUCCCUGGCGAUACACUGCCCAAUUACAGCCAAAGUGUGUUGACAGCAAUUCCUGCCCCUCCCUUUAGAUGCUCUAUUGGUCGGCCCCAUGUGUCACCCGGGCCAAUAGGUAUCAAGGGGAGGGGACUGUGCCGUGGAAACGUAACCAAUCAGCUCCCGCCACUGUGCCAGUGGGCGUGGCUGUGCACCCGAGAAAGGGGCGUGUUUUGCAGGAGCAGAUAAACAACAAUCCCAGCACUUCCCCCAUAGACUCGGUUACUUAGACACCGGGGACGAGGACACUGAACGACAAGCCCGGCACACGCUGUACCCCCUCCUCACUGCCGACCUGUCACCUCCUCCGCCGGUACACCGUGUCCUGUCACCACCACUUCUCUCUCCUCCUCCCUGGUGCUGGAAAAAUGGCGGCCUCGGUCUGUGUCAACAUCCAGAUGCUGCUAGAGGCGGCGGAGUAUCUGGACCGGAGGGAGAGAGAAGCCGAGCAUGGUUAUGCUUCCAUGUUGCCUUACAAUAGCAAGGAGAGGGACAGCUUGAAGAGAAAAAGCAAGUCGAAAAAAAGCAGCAGUAGCAGAUCAACCCAUAAUGAAAUGGAGAAGAACAGGCGAGCUCAUUUGCGGCUAUGUCUAGAAAAGCUAAAAGUAUUGGUACCCUUAGGUCCCGAAUCCAACAGACAUACCACGCUAAGUCUCUUAACAAGAGCGAAGCUGCACAUAAAGAAACUUGAAGAUUGUGACAGAAAGUCACAGCACCAAAUAGAGCAGCUACAGCGGGAGCAGCGGCACUUAAAAAGGCAGCUAGAAAAAUUUGGCGUAGAAAGAAUAAGAAUGGACAGUAUAGGGUCAGCGGUGUCCUCUGAGAGAUCGGAUUCUGAUCGGGAGGAGAUUGAUGUGGAUGUCGAGAGCACAGACUAUUUAACAGCAGAAUUGGACUGGAGCAGUAGUAGCAGCAGUGCCAGUGACUUGGACGAGAGGGGAAGCCUGCAGAGUGUCUGCAGCGACGAAGGCUAUUCCAGCGCCGGAAUUAAAAGAAUAGUACUACAAGACAAUCCCAAAGCCAGUGUUACCCUAUAAACCGUCAGUAAGAGAAGGUGAGGGGAGGGGGGGAGAGCUUUCAAGUGUCCCAGCAAUUCUUCACCCUCCUUCCCCGUGCUCCUACAUCAGAGACUGUCUUAUCUAGUGACUGCAUUCACACCAUAUUCUUGCACGUAAAAACAAAAAAGAAAUGCCCACUCAAGACUCCCAGCUCUGUUUGUUGCUUCCCUUCCCUAGAGCUCCUGAGAGGUAUGUGGGUGUCAGUUUACAUUUGAAAUCACACGCUAUCCCAUCAGCCAUUGUCCUCCAGGAGACUACAUUCCAGAAACACAACGAAGCACUCAAAUAGAAAAGAAAUAUACCUAAUAUAUAUUUAUGUACAAGAGGUGCAACCAUGCAGCCGUGGUAAAGAUUUAUUGACUGCAAAGGUGGAGGUGAGUGUGUGUGUGUUGCUGCUCCCCUUCUGCAUCUGUCAUCUCCACCCACUAGAUUCGACCAAGCACAGAGGUUCUGCUAUCUCCCUGCAACACGGAAAGUUUCUUGCAUCACCUGGAAUACACAUCUGGGAGCGGUAUGAAGGAUUUAUGUCGAAAGCAUCUUGCUACACGGCAAGGCUUCAGUUUACAGCUAAUAUACUAUCCAAUCAGAAGCUGCCAUGAGGCUACAGAAGAAGGGACA